CCGACGGCCGCUGCAGCCAGCCCCGCGCCCUCUCCACCCUGCGCUGCAUCUCGGACGUCCGGGACCCGAGGUCUGAAAAGGCGUCCGAGACGGCUAUCCUAGGGAGCAGUGGGUCGCGGCUGAGUCGCGGCGUCCAUCACACACAGUGGUAUCAUGUAGGUCUCUUGUCCCGCAUCGUCCUUGACGAGUUCGCACCCAAGGCCCGCCCAGCCUCACUAUGAGCCACGGCCCGAGCCCGCGACUGGCGGAAUCCCCGCAGCUGUCCAAGAGCAGCCUGCUUACGAUCCUGGGCAGCCCUUCCCCGGAUCGCAUGGGCCCUGCCGACUCGCUGCCACCCACGCCGCCCAGCGGCACGCCAUCACCGGGGCCGCCACCCGCGCUACCCCUGCCCGCGCCCGCCUUGCUGGCCGACGGCGACUGGGAGAGCCGCGAGGAGCUGCGGCUGCGGGAGCUGGAGGAGGCGCGCGCACGAGCCGCGCAAAUGGAGAAAACGAUGCGCUGGUGGUCCGACUGCACGGCGAACUGGCGCGAGAAGUGGAGCAAGGUGCGCGCCGAGCGCAACCGUGCGCGCGAGGAGGUGCGCCAGCUGCGCCAGCGCCUGGACACGCUCACCAAGGAGUUGGCGGGCGCGCGCCGCGAGCGCCAGGAGGCUCAGGGCGAGUGCGAGGCGCGCGGCCGCGAGCUGGCCCGGCUGCGGGGAGCGCGUGGCACAGUGGACAAGACACACGAUGGCCCGGAGCCUGAGCGCGAGAAUGAACCUGUGCGCGACAUCGGGGCGGAGAGGCCGCCUGGUAGCCAGGAGCUGGACCUGGUAGAGAGCCUGCUGAAGAGCAGAGCAGAGGAGCCUGAGGGCUGCUGGGAUACCUGCAGUGUGGCGGCUGGGGGCUCUCGGGCUAGCUCAGGCCGCCAGGAUCGCAACCGCCUGCCCUGGGAGGACACAGCCAGUACAGAGGAGGAUGCCUCCAAGCUCACUGCCCUGCGGCUGCGGCUGGAUGAAUCUCAGAAGGUGCUGCUCAAGGAACGAGAGGACAAACUGGCCCUGAGCAGGAGCAUCGAGAAGCUAGAGGGGGAGCUUAGCCAGUGGAAGAUCAAAUACGAGGAGCUAAGCAAGACCAAGCAGGAGAUGCUCAAGCAACUCAGCAUCCUCAAGGAGACACACCAGGAUGAAUUGGGCCGCAUGUCUGAAGACCUAGAGGAUGAGCUGGGCGCGCGCUCUAGCAUGGAUCGCAAGAUGGCUGAGCUGAGGGGUGAGAUGGAAAGACUUCAGGCAGAAAAUGCAGCCGAGUGGGGCCGCAGAGAGAGGCUGGAGACGGAGAAGCUGGGCCUAGAGAGGGAGAACAAGAAGCUGCGUGCACAGGUCGGAGACCUGGAGGAGGCCCUGGCCCGCAGACGGCGGCAGAAUGCCAGUGCCCUGGACUGUGACCUGAGAGCCAGCCAAGCCGCUCUCUUCGAGAAGAACAAGGAGCUGGCAGACCUGAAGCAUAUGCAUGGCAAGCUCAAAAAGCAGUUCCAGGAGAAGGUGGCAGAGCUGGCACAUGCCAACCGGCGUGUGGAGCAGCACGAGACGGAGGUAAAGAAGCUGCGGCUGCGGGUGGAGGAACUCAAGAAAGAGCUGGCCCAGGCUGAGGAUGAGCUGGAUGAGGCCCACAACCAGGCACGGAAGCUGCAGCGGUCCCUGGACGAGCAGACAGAGCAGAGCGAGAACCUGCAGGUGCAGCUGGAACACCUGCAGUCCAGGCUCCGAAGGCAGCAGCAAAAUGCCCCCCUUUUUGGGAAGAUCCGUAGUACCCGAUUUGGCACCGAGGAAGCCGGAGAUGGAGCCAGUGACCUCGACGAGGAUGAGGACCUGCAAAUCCAGGUGGCCUAGAACAUCCAGGGCAGAACAGGACUGGCCCAAUGCCACAGGUGCCCAGCUGAGCAUCCACUCAAACCAAACUGCAGCUGGCCAAGCUCUCUGCACUCCCCUGGGUCCCAUCCCCCUGCUGUGGACCACUUCCUCCUUUCCCAGGAAGGCUGCAAUCUCACCCACUCACACCCCAUUGAUGGGGAUCCUGUUGGAUAUGUAUAUUGUAUAUGUGCCUGGGGUUGCUUGGACCCAUUUGAUUUUAUAAACACAGGAUAGCCCAGCGCCCAGUUCUUCAGACCCCAUGCAGGGAUGGAACAUGUUGAGGGAGGCUUGGUGGUCUUUGCAGGGGCUAUUCAUAAUAAGAUACCAUGAACUCAGACUUUUGUAAUAAAUGGAGUUCACGCUCUCAAGACGGAGUUCUGAAACUGCAGGAGGCCUGGUGGGUCCACAUCACCUGCACCCUAACACUGAACUGGAGUCCAGGAUUGUUGCAUGAACGAAUGAGUGUCCGAGAGGCUGGCCAAUCUGGGGUCCAGUGUGUCAGGAAAGAAGGAAGUGUGGUGCCUGUCUGAUGUGCACAGGAAGGGGCCUCAGUUCCAUGACCUCGCGGGUUCCAUCUCUGCUCUUCCCUUUACUGAUUGCAGCCUAGGGGACAUCACGCACCCUCUGUGAGCCUCGGGGUUUCCAGCUGUAGUUUAGUGAUCUGUGGGUCGCUGGGAAAACACUUGCUGGCAAGCCUGAGACCCUGGGCUCCAUCCUUAGAACCCACAUAAAGAUGGAAAGAGGGAAUGAACCCUUUAAAGUCCUCUGACCUCAGCCAGAUGGU